AUGGAUCGCAGGACCGUAGGGCCCCCCUUCUUAACGGGCUGCGACUCAUCCUUGGUCGCCGCGGGGGCGGUCGUCGCGGUCGACAUCGUGGAGUGCGGUGGGCGGGAUGUACCGAGAAGUACGGUUAAUCGAUGGUGGUUCUCAGGUUUUGUCUCCUUUUUUUUUUUCCCCUUCCCCUCCAAAGAGCUCGACUUGCGUGCAGGCGCAAGCGUCGUGCCAGCGCUUGUGCACCUGCGUCCGAAAUCGCGGGGUGUGGAGACCACUGACAAACUCGUCUCGGUCGAUGAUGAUGAAUCGUUUGGAGACGCAGUCAUGACCUCGUUCCAGGCCAAAGCCCAUGACGCCCAUGCCUAA